AUGGCUUUCUCGUCGAUAACCAACCUUUCCAAAGCCUUUCAUGAAGGCGACGACCUUGACACAGCUGUGAAUAGAGCUCUUUAUUAUGAACUGGUUAACCACACCUUUAGAAAAUAUAGCUCCUUCAGUUUAACUGAAGAAGAUAUUGCUCGAACCGUUGAAAAAGCUUCUGGCGAUGGUGAAUACCUUACUAACUUGCUAAUGGAACAUCAUGAAGCCCUCUCAACCUUCAGUAUUGACGCGUCCGAAUCUGUAGAGGAUCAACCGAUGGAAAUAGAAAUUUUAGAAGCGCCAAAAAUGCCCAAACACCAAUUAAAAGUUGCAGCACAACAAGAGGAACCAAUCAAAAACCUCUCAACUACCGCCACUCCAUUUAUGCCCAAAGCUAACUUUAGCCAAAGUCCUUCUAAGACUACCAAGAAACAACCAGCUGCCACUUCCCCUAAAACUAUUAGUACCGUUAUGACUGGAUAUGUGCCCGUGAAUAAGAACCUUACCCAGGAAAUUACAGUUUACGAUAUCCCCUCCACCUGGUCUCAACUUGAUAUGCUUAAUCAUCUUAAAGCCUGGGGUCAAGUAGUUGCGAUUAAAUUUAAAUCUCAACAGAAAUACGUUACUGUUACAGUUUCGAUUGAACUCAAUCAAGAGGCAACAAGACUAUGGAAUGAUGGAGCAUGGACAGCUCCACUUGGAGGUUUACCCGUACGAUGGUUUCCGGCUAACUGGGAUCUCAAACAAAAAAAAGAAUGGGAACGAUUCCAGGCAGUGCUUAAGGGAGUUCCUGCUUUAGUAAACACUGCAACUUUAUACCCAGAAAAUCCUGCUCACUCUAUUCUUGCACCCAUUGGAUGUAAAGCAUUUAAAUUAAUUCAAGAUCGGGUACCUGCAAGUUAA